AUGUCAGAGCUACAUAAAUUAAGUUAUUGGGAAGAAAUAUAUAAAAAUGAAAAAAAAAAUUAUGAAGAAUCAAACAUUGAAUUGGAAGAAUGGUUUGAAGAAAAUUGUGAUAAAAUAAUAAACUGGAUUGAAACUAAUUUCAAAGAACAAAAAAAUAUAGCAAUUCUUGAUAUAGGAUGCGGAAAUGGGUUAUUUUUAUAUAAAUUAUAUGAAAAAGGAUUUGUAAAUUUACAUGGUUUAGAUUUUUCAAAUACUGCUAUUGAAUUAUCUAAAAAGCUCUUUAAUAAUAUAAAUAUAAAUUUAGAAGUUUUAGAUAUUUGUAACAUUGAAAAGGAGAUACAUAAAUCAAAAUUAAAUAAAAAUUAUAAUUUAUUAAAUGAUAAGGGAACAUUUGAUAUAUUUUUCAUGAAUAAUAAAGAAAAUGAAUAUUUUAAACAAAUUUCUUUUUUCUUACAAAUAAAUACUGUUUUUUGUAUUACUUCAUGUAACGCUUGCAAAGAAGAAAUAUUACAAAUUAUUAAAAAUUUUAAUGAUAAUAAUAAUUAUAAAUUUAAAUUAUCAUUAAUUGAUGAAAUAUCUUAUGAAACUAUAUCAUUCUCAGGUAAAACUGGUCAAAUCAUUACUACUUUAAUUUUUAGGUGUUUAUAA